AUGGAAGGCAAAUUAUAUAGUUCCCUCCUUUUGAUCACUCUUAUCUUCCUCCUCCCUUCCCUAAACCUAUCACUUUCCUUACCACCCCCACGACCACAACCACAACCACAACCACAACCGCGACCACAACGUUGCUACCCAGAUGACAAACGGGCACUCCUCGAAAUUAAAGCUUACUUCGGCGGAAAUGCGAGCGUGUUCUCAACAUGGUCACCACAAACCGACUGUUGCAACAAAUGGAAAGGAGUAUUAUGCAAGAAGAUCCCCAAGACUCAAAUCCACCGUGUUAACUUCCUCGAAAUAAGUGGGUAUGACGAUAUUAUAGGUACUAUCCCAUCCACCCUUGAAAAACUUCCUUACCUCGAAACCCUCAUCUUUAGGCUACUACCUAACCUUACCGGUCCUAUACCGCCAGUCAUCGGUAAACUCACUAGAUUACGAUUACUCUUUCUUAACUGGGACGAUCUUAGCGGUCCAAUCCCACAUUUCUUAAGCCGUCUCACCAAUUUAGGGGUCCUCAGUCUUAAUAACAACCGGUUUACGGGUUCCAUCCCUUCUUUCUUAGGGAAGCUCCCUAAACUACAAGGACUUGACCUGCAACAAAAUAAACUCAUUGGCCAAAUCCCAGAAACAUUCGGUUUGUUAACUAAAUCCCCAUCAAUAAAUUUAUCCAACAACAAGUUAAGUGGCCCAAUCCCAAUGUCCCUAGGAAAGGUUAACUUUGAAAUCCUUGAUCUGUCAGGAAAUCAACUCACUGGUGACGCGAAAUUCUUGUUUGGUGCGGAUAAGUCCAACUUGGUUCACUUGGUGUUGUCGAGGAAUCGGUUGUCGUUUGAUUUCACCAAGGUGGUGAUGCCGGUGGGCGUUCUGAAUUCAUCUUUAUUGGUACUGGAAUUGAGCCAUAACAAGAUAUACGGCCGACUGCCUACUUGGUUGGGCCUUUCAUCCCAAAUGUACAGUUUCGAUGUAAGCUACAACCGCCUUUGUGGACCCAUCCCGACUAUCGGAGGGAAGCUGCAGGAGUUUCAGGCGGCGGCGUUUCAACAUAAUAAGUGCUUGUGUGGUGCUCCUUUGCCUCCUUGCAACUCGUAA